ACGAUCGGCUGCGUUUGAGCGACUGAGUUUAAAUCCAAAACAUGUUGAAACACAGUCAUUAAAUGUCGAGACUGCAGACGCCACUAGAGGCGCUGUCCCCGAACCAGCUUCCAGGCACAGAAUCUGGACCAGGACCUGGACCAGGACCUGGACCCGAGAGAGGCCCGGGGUCUUUUAUUCUGAAAAGAUCGAAAACACUCAAUCACAAAAUAAAAGACUCUGCUCUCACCUCCUGGUCAUCCGGUCCGGGCCGGAAGCUUCACGUGACUCUCCGCCCCUCUAACCGGAUGUGACGUCUCCGCAGCGCUGAAUCAGCUGAACCAGAUCGGAAGCAAAACAAACAGCGGGGAGCAGGCGCAGACGCAGCCGCGGGAUAAGACCGCGUUGCGGAGAGACAGAAAACUUUAUUUCGCUUUGAUGAAACGUUUAUUUUUUUAUUUUGUUUUUCCGAGAAACUGAAGUGCCACAGUCGCGUCACCGGACAGGUGAACAACAGCACGAGACACAGCUGAGCGCGAGACCUGCUCCUGUCUGCUGAACGCGGAAGUCCAGGAAGGAAGCUUGUUACCUCUUUUUCAUCAUGGUGAUGAAGAGGAGUCGGGUGUUGGCGGUGGUGGUGGGCGGAGUCUUCUGCGUGGCGGUGAUGUCGCUGUACCGCAUGCUGGAGCUGAUGCAAGGGGCGGAGCUCCGGCACCGCGGGGACACACCUGCUGGACAGGUGGAUGAAGAUUUGUUCCGCCUCCAGCAGAAGAUUGACAGGUUGGAGCAACUCCUUAGCGACAACAACCGCUUGGUUGCUAUGCUGAGGGACUCUCUGGUCCAUCGCAAAGUACCGUGGGAAACUGGAGGGGGAGGAGCCAAUGUGAGCUCAGACUCCGCCCACGGCCGAGCUGACAUGCUGUCUGGCUGCCGAUUGGCCGAAGAGACGAAGGACAGAACCGGCGAAGUUCAGCUGCUGGAUGUUUACGACCUCCUGCCCUUUGAUAACCCCGACGGCGGCGCCUGGAAACAGGGCUUUGAGAUCCGUUACCAUGGAAACGAGUGGGACGAGCAGCCGCUGGAGCUUUUUCUGGUCCCACACUCACACAACGACCCUGGUUGGUUGAAGACUUUUGACAGUUAUUAUCAGGAUCAGACGAGACACAUCCUCAACAACAUGUUGGUCAAACUGACCGAGGACAGCAGGAGGAAGAUGAUUUGGGCAGAAAUCAGUUUUUUCUCUAAAUGGUGGAACGACAUCGACGAGCAGAAGAGAGAGAUGGUCAAACGCCUGGUGGGGGCGGGGCAGUUGGAGCUGGUGACGGGCGGCUGGGUCAUGGCCGACGAAGCCAACUCGCAUUACUUCGCUCUGUUGGAUCAGCUGAUCGAGGGACACCAGUGGAUUCAGAGACACCUGGGUGUGAAGCCGAGCAGCGGUUGGGCGGUGGAUCCGUUUGGCCACUCCCCCUCCAUGACCUACCUGCUGAAGGGGGCGGGGCUUAGCAACAUUGUCAUCCAACGAGUUCACUAUGCCGUCAAGAAGCACUUCGCCCGGCAACAGACGCUCGAGUUUCUAUGGCGACAGAGCUGGGACUCCUCCCCCCGCAGUGACAUCACGUGUCACAUGAUGCCGUUCUACAGCUAUGACGUACCGCACACGUGCGGCCCGAACCCGGCGGUCUGUUGUCAGUUCGACUUCCACCGCCUCCCGGGGGGGCGGGUCUUCUGUCCGUGGAGGAUACCGCCACAGCCAAUCACAGAGCAGAACGUCCAGGAGCGAGCUCUCCUCUUAUUGGAUCAGUACCGCCAGAAGUCGCGUCUCUUUCGUUCUCCGGUUCUCCUCGUUCCUCUCGGUGACGACUUCCGAUACGUGGAGUCCAGCGAGUGGGACGCCCAGUUCAGUAACUACCAGAAACUCUUUGACUACUUCGACCAGCACCCGGAGCUCCACAUCAAGGUGAGCAGCAGAAACACCUGGGAGGGGGCGGGGCUACAUUUUACACUGUCCGAUUACUCUGUCAGCUUCUCGUUUGAGACACUCUGGGCGACCCGCGGCGCGGCUCUUCACACAGCAGCGACAGAAAUCCUCUUCAGCCUGACGCUGGCUGAAAUGCGUCGUUUCCGUGGCGACGGGCGUCCGGUCACGGGUUUUCCCGCUCGCGAACACUUCCGGCGUCUGACGGCGGGGAGGCGGAGCCUGGCGCUGUUCCAGCACCACGACGCCGUCACUGGCACCGCCCGCGACCCCGUGGUGGUCGACUACGGCACCAGGUUGUUUCACUCCAUCCUGAACCUGCGGGAGGUGCUGCAGAGCUCUGCCCACUGGCUGCUCCUAUCGGACAAAACCCAUUACCACUACGACCAAUCGAAACCCUUCCUGCAAAUGGAUGAUGGGAUCUCAGCUCAGGACGCGCUGCCCCAGAAGACGUCGCUCGCAAUCAGUGAUGAGCCCAGGCCACUGAUCAUCUUUAACCCGACGGAGCAGCUCCGAACAUCCGUCAUCAGUGUCGUCGUCGACUCUCCGGACGCUCAGGUGGUCGACGCAGAAACAGGUCGACCAAUGGCUGCACAGAUCUCUGCGGUGUGGGCGGAGCCAAGCCGAGCGUCCACGGAAGCGUUCCAGCUCUCCUUCGUGGCUGAACUUCCUCCUCUGUCGCUCGUCGUGUAUCACGUGACCAAAGCAUUGCCCGGCUCCGCCCACCGGGCGCGGUACACCUUCCGUUGUCGUGGCAACGCACCGACCGUCUACACCAAACACUUCCAGGUGUCCAGCCCCCGAGGACCAGAGGCCGACGCUCCGCUGUCGCUAAGCAACAAGCAUUUUCAGAUCUGGAGUUCGCCGGACACCGGCCUGCUGCAGAAGCUCCGUCUGCAGUCCGGGCUGGUCCGUCAGGUCCAGAUCCAGUUUCUGUGGUACGGAACCAGAGUGGGGGUGAACCAGGACAAGAGCGGAGCCUACUUGUUUCUGCCAGGGGAGGAGGGGGCCCAGCUCUACUCAUCUUCAGAGCCCCCCCUGGUUCGGGUCUCCAGAGGUCCCAUCUUCUCUGACAUCACUUCCUGUUUCCAACACUUCACUCACACAGUCCGUCUCUACCACCUGGACGGGCAUGCUGGGAGGUCCCUGGAGAUUUCCAACAUGGUGGACGUCAGGUCAGAGGUCAACCGGGAGCUCGCCAUGCGGCUCGUCACUGACGUCGCCAAUGGCAACUCUUUCUACUCCGACCUAAACGGCUUCCAGAUGCAGCAGAGGCGGACCCUGGCCAAGCUCCCGCUGCAGGCAAACUUCUACCCGAUGAGCUCGUCGUCGUUCCUUCAGGACUCGGCGUCUCGAGUUUCGCUGCUGUCGGCUCAGAGUCAGGCCGUCGCGUCGCUCAGACCAGGCGAGCUGGAGGUGGUCUUGGACCGGCGGCUGCAGCAGGAUGAUAACCGCGGCCUCGGUCAGGGCGUCACCGACAACAAGCUGACGUCGAGUCUGUACCACCUGCUGCUGGAGGACAGGAGGGGCGUCGCUCAGGAAGUGGGAGGAACCUCGGUUGAACACCUCUCACUGCUCGCCCAACUGACCUCGCUCUCCCUCUGCCACCCGCCAAUCUCCAUGGUCGCCCCUAGCGACAGCCAGCUGCCGAAGCUCCACCCCUUCCGGCCCCUCCGCUCGUCGCUGCCGUGCGACAUUCACCUGCUGAACCUGAGGACACUGGAGGACGCACAGGAAGCAGGAAGCCCGUCGCAGGAAGUGGCUCUCCUCCUCCACAGGAAGGGCUUUGACUGUAGCUCUGCCCCCGAGCCACUGCCUCCUUGCACGUGGAGCGCGCACGAGGAGGUGAAUCUGGACGAACUUUUCUCUCCUCUUCAGUUUCGCUCCGUCCGUCGGUCGGGACUCACUCUGCUGCGUGAGGACGACGAACCAGAAUCGGCCCCGCGCAUCGCUCGCCUGCGGCCGAUGGAAAUCAGCGCGUACCGCGUGGAGAUCGACUGAACUCAAAAGUCAAACAAAAUGUUGUAAUUUUUGGCGAAAUUGAUGAAGCCGCAGAGAUGUUCCACUUUUUAGACACAAGUCGUCAGGCAGAAACGAAUUAUACACAUUAACAUGUCAGAGGGAAAUUAUUAGGGACAACAAAAAUCUAACACAAAAGGCAGAAAAAGUAAAUUAAAGGGUAUUAUAAAAUAUUUAAAUUAAGCAGUUAAAAUUUAAAAGAAAAAGUGGAAUAAAAAUGAAAACAAGGAAAUAAGCUGGAGGUGUCUGCGGUGCUCGAAAUAUUAUCAAUUUUAAAAAAAGAUGAAAAUAUAGAAAUGAACAUGGAGAGAGGCGUUAAUACUGGAAAAACAAAAAUGAAAAAGGGAGAAAUAGAAAAGACACAGACAGGAAAAGCAGUCCAAUAAAUAAGAGAGAAAUUAGUAUUGAAAACUAUACAAAAUAAAAAUUGGAAGAGUGGGUGAGUGAAGCAGGAUAAUCUUUCAUUUUCAUAUUUAAAACUGGAUUCAGCAGGGUCAAAGGUCAACAGAAUGUGACAAGAGCUGCAACCAGAAGUCGAUUAUCUGCAAAUAUUUUCAUAAGCAAUUAAUCGUUCGAGUCAUUUUUAAAGAAGUCGUCAAAAUUCUCAAGUCGUUUUUAAAAAUCUACCAAAAAUUUCUGGUCUCACAGGAAACCGGUUUGGACGACAUUUGAAGACGUCGCUCCGGAAAUUCUGACGAGCAUUUUCUCCUUUUACUGACAUUUGAAGACCAGCGAUAAAUAAUCCUUAGUUGCAGUUCUAGUUUUUACAUUUUCCCACUGUUUGUCUUCCAAAUUGAGAAGCUAAGGGGUAAACAACAGGUUAGCCUAAAGGUUAAAGGUCAAACACAGAAAGCAGUUUAUUUUAAAAAGGAAGAAAAAUAACAGAGAAAACACUGAAAUUUAACCUGUUCCUGUGUUUUCAACAGGUGCGGUUGCUACGGCAACAAAAAGGGACCAAUCGAGUUGUUACCUCGCCGUUCGAUGAAUGUCUUUAAAUAAAUGUGUGUGUGUGUGUGUGUUUCCACGGUGACUGUCAAUCACAGUUUGUGUCGGAAAUCCUGUUACUGCUGUUUUUUUACGUCAUUUUUUAAUUAAGUGUAGUUUUAUACAUCAGUAUGGAAUUCUGGGUAAACGUGUCCAAAGUGUGAUUUUAUUGAUUUUAUUUGAUCAAUUUUAUUUAU